GCCCGGGCCUCGCUCGAGCCCCAAGGCAGCCUUUAUAAGCCCGCGGGGGAGGUGGUCGCCACAACAUCGCGCUCCCGCCACUCCGCGCCGUCCGUCCCAGCGCGCCGACCCCACGUCACUUGUUCCCUGACAGACCCUCGCCCGCGAACUCUGCGCAGGAUUGGAACAUCAGUUAACGGCUGACCACUGCUACACACCACCUCUGCCUCCCCCCACCGCCUCCAACCGUCCAUCAUACCUCUGGGAUCCAGAGAGAAAUCAGGUCUUGGAGUUUAUCAUGAUCUCACCAUUCUUACUGCUGGCCUUUGGCACCUGCCUCGCUAGCUCCUUGGUGCCAGAGAAAGAGAAAGACCCCAAGUACUGGAGGGACCAAGCUCAGCAGACCCUGAGAAAUGCCCUGAGGCUUCAGAAUCUCAAUACCAAUGUGGCUAAAAAUGUCAUCCUGUUCCUGGGAGAUGGAAUGGGCGUCUCCACCGUGACAGCCGCCCGCAUCCUCAAGGGUCAGCUGCACCACAGCCCUGGGGAGGAGACCAGGCUGGAGAUGGACAAGUUCCCGUACGUGGCGCUCUCCAAGACAUACAACACCGACGCCCAGGUCCCCGACAGUGCAGGGACCGGCACUGCCUACUUGUGCGGGGUGAAGGCCAACGAGGGCACCUUGGGGGUAAGCGCAGCGGUGCAGCGGGGCCAGUGCAACACCACGCAGGGGAACGAGGUCACCUCCAUCCUGCGCUGGGCCAAGGAGGCUGGGAAAUCUGUGGGCAUUGUGACCACCACACGAGUGAACCACGCCACCCCCAGCGCCGCCUACGCCCACUCUGCUGACCGAGACUGGUACUCAGACAACGAGAUGCCCCCAGAGGCCCUGAGCCAGGGCUGCAAGGACAUCGCCUACCAGCUCAUGCAUAACAUCAAGGACAUUGAGGUGAUUAUGGGAGGUGGUCGGAAAUACAUGUUCCCCAAGAAUAGAACUGAUGUGGAACAUAAGAUGGACGAGAAGUCCAGGGGAACAAGACUGGACGGCCUGAACCUCAUCGACAUCUGGAAGAGCUUCAAGCCAAGACACAAGCACUCUCACUACGUCUGGAACCGCACUGAACUCCUGGCCCUGGACCCCCACACCGUGGACUACCUCUUGGGUCUCUUUGAGCCUGGGGAUCUGCAGUACGAGCUGAACAGGAACAACGUGACGGACCCGUCGCUCUCCGAAAUGGUGGAGACGGCCAUCAAGAUCCUGAGCAAAAACCCCAAGGGCUUCUUUUUGCUGGUAGAAGGAGGUAGGAUUGACCACGGGCACCACGAGAGCAAGGCCAAGCAGGCCCUGCACGAGACAGUGGAGAUGGACCAGGCCAUUGGGCUGGCGGGCUCCAUGACCUCCCCGGAAGACACACUGACCGUUAUCACUGCUGACCACUCCCACGUCUUCACCUUUGGCGGGUACACCCACCGAGGCAACUCCAUCUUUGGUCUGGCCCCCAUGGUGAGUGACAUGGACAGGAAGCCCUUCACUGCCAUCCUGUAUGGCAAUGGGCCUGGCUUCAGGGUGAUGGGCAGCGAGCGAGAGAACAUCUCCGUGGUAGACUACGCUCACAAAAACUACCAGGCACAGUCUGCCGUGCCCCUGCACCAGGAGACCCACGGUGGAGAGGACGUAGCAGUCUUCGCCAAGGGCCCCAUGGCGCACCUGCUGCAUGGCGUCCAUGAGCAGAACUACAUCCCCCACGUGAUGGCUUAUGCGGCCUGCAUCGGUGCCAACCGUGACCACUGUGCCUCGGCCAGCUCGGCAGGCAGCCCCUCUCCAGGCUCCCCGCUGCUCCUCCUGGCCUUACUGCCCCUGGGUAUACUGUUCUGAGGGCCCAGAGCCCGGGCACCCACAGGCCCGUGACAGACGGCCAGUGUCCCUCUCCCAGUGCUGCCCUCGCCCGGCAGCCCCCACCUCAAGGGGUGGAGAGGCAGAGGCGUCCGCAGCCAUGCAGCUGCCAGAAAGGGGACCUAGGAAACCAAAGUCUUCACCUGCCUCGCUCCGUCUGGAAUCCUCCACUGGUGCCAGUCCUG